ACUUGAUGGCCAUGGAGAUAAACCGAACCAAGUUCACUCUUCUAGGUCAUGUUAUGGUUUGACGCGGGUCUCAACCCUCCCUGUGGCAUACAGCCAAUCGAUCUAAUGGACGAUUAUUGGAUGGUGAUAGCAUCCCUGACCAUACAAUUUACAUGAUCAUCUAUCCAUCUAGAUUCUGGAAUCCUGGAUCCUAAUGUUAGUUCUCCUUACAUAUGCGCCUCGCGUAAAAUUUCUCAAACAGAAGGAAUUCGUGUUACUUUAGAGUUAUUUCGGGAAAUAUUUAUGGGUAGUUUCGUCAUUGUUCCAACCAUUUAAAAUUGAGCGAGGCCAUCUCCCGCCUUCUUCGAUACUCAUUGGAAUUAGAAACAAAAACCCUACGAAAUUGCAGAGCUCCAAUGGAAGAAGCCUCUGCAACUCAAAAGCUCUGCUAUUAUCUAAUCGGGCUUGCAAUUCAAAGAUGCCGGAUGUGCGAAACCCUGUGCAGAGUGUCGAUUGUUUUGAAAAGAUCAUCUGUUGCAGUUUCUCAUUUGAGUAUCAUAUCAAUUUCAGAUACAGGUGUUGGAAGCAGCUUGUGUGAAUUUCAGGAUUUAGAACAUCAUUUUUCUGACAAUACCGAACAAUCUUGUGAAGUUGGAACUGAAAAAUGUGAUAAAGUACUUUCAAUCACAACCACAGAUGCAGGCACUCAGGACAAAGAAAUCCAUCAUUAUCAGUUGAGAUUAGCUGAUGUUCUUCCUAGGAGCAGGCUAAUUCAAUUGGCUUCAACUCCCAAAUAUGGGGGAGAGUUCAGUGGAACAGAAGUUUCUCUAUCCACUCAAGAAAGUAUUAGUGACUGUGUGACGUUUAUCUCCCACCUCUGCGAAAAGAUAUUUCUGUUAAAGAUGCCUAAUAUUGCAUUUGAGUUAGUGGUUGAAGAUAUGAAUACUCUCAAUGUAACACGUGAAAAUCUGAUUGUGGAAAAUGGAGGCAUUCUUCUUCCCUUUUCGAUAACGAAUUUAGAGCGCCUUACUUCUAGUAUGGUUGAGUUUUCUGUCCGGCAUGGAAAUGUUCUAGAUGAAAACUGUUGGAGUUGCCUUUCUAACAGAGAACAAUUCAUGCUUGGGGCCGGAGCAGCAAGUAUGGAUAAUGUAAAAGGCACAAAACAGGUGGUGGAAGCUGUUUUUGUAGUGACAAGAGUUUCAGAGUCUUCUAAUAUUCCUUGUUUGAGGACAGGCAAUAAUUUUACGAAGGUGUUAUAUUUCCAGGAUUUCAUGCCUUGUUCAUUCCCCCCAUCGACCUUGAAUGCAUUGACUUGCAUAAAUUGGCAGAAAUACGGUUUGGCUGUUAAAGCCACUAGUUUAGAUGGCAAUGGCGACGCUGUGUUAGAAUGGGAGGAUCUACCAUAUUUUAUGCACAUUUAUCUUGUGGUGCAUAAUUACCAGAAAGAAGUCUUCAUUCCACAGACACGAGUGAACAACCAGGGGAGCCUUGUUAAGAAAGCAAUUCAGCUUGCACUGGAUGACUUGAAGGCGAAAUAUACAGGCUUUUUUCUUAGCAAGCAUGCGCUCAGGAUACGAAACUAUGUGCCCGACCUAUCAAAGGCAAUUGCAGGUCUCAUAUUGUCAUCCAACGAUGAGGAUUUCAUUGGGGACUGUGCCUCACUACUUGGAAUGAUCCCCUCAGAGGCUGGAGAGCAAGGGAGGGUUGAGUCGUGUAUAAGUGAAAAGAUCUUGGGGGUCAUAGAGAUUAAUGAUUUGAAGUCAAAAAAGGGUGAAGGGGCUCGCCAAGAUCUCUUUGAACAAGAAAAGAACCUUGAAGGUGAGGAAAGAGAUGAAGAUGAAGAUGAAGAUGCAGAUGAUGAAGGUGGCAUGUUGGAUUGGGGUGGUGAGUUUUAACACACUAAGAAUUGGUUUCAAGUUUUUCCGGGAGGACAAAUUCUUUUGUAGAUCUGAAUUAGAAAUUAUUUCUUACUGCUCAUAUAGAUGUUCAUUGAUUAAUCA